CUUCCCUCCCCCUCCCCCGCCGCCCCCGCGCUCUUAAGGCCCGGCUGGGCCGCGGCCCGCGCUCCGGAGGCCAGGGGAGGGGCCCGGGCGGCAUGGGCUCGGGGAGUUGGAGACCUGGCCCGAGCCGGCACCGCUACCGGCGUGGCCCCGCGAAGGCCGGAAGCCCGCCGUGACCCCGCUGACCCGGGGUGUUCUCGGUUCGUUCCGCACGUCGGGGAAACCGAAAGUGCCGACGAGGCGCUAUCAUGGAUGCACUAGUGGAAGAUGACAUCUGUAUUCUGAACCAUGAAAAGACUCAGAGGAGAGAUACCAUCACUCCAUUGUCACUCUAUGCAGGCGAUGAGUCUAUGGCGUCCCACUUUGCUCUUGUUACUGCAUAUGAGGACAUCAAGAAGAGACUUAAGGAUUCAGAGAAGGAGAAUUCCCUCCUAAAGAAAAGAAUACGAUUUCUGGAAGAAAAGUUUCUUGAAAACCGAUUAGAUGAAGAAACAAGCCCUGUAGGACGAGAACAAGUAAACAAGGCCUAUCAUGCUUAUCGGGAGGUCUGCCUAGACAGAGAUAAUUUGAAAAGCAAAUUGGAUAAAAUGACUAAAGACAGCUCUGAAUCUUUGAAAGUAUUAAUUGAACAGCUACAAACUAAAGAAGUAGAACUCCUUCAGCUCCGGACUGAGGUCGAGACUCAGCAAGUGAUGCGGAAUCUUAAUCGACCUUCACCUCACUGGGAGGUAGAAAAGUUGAGCAAUGAGCUGAAAAUCCGUGGUUUGGAACAGGAGCUGGAACUGACGAGAAAGGAAUGUGCUAGUGUAAGAACAGAACUGCAAAAAUCUAAACACAAGGAUCAGUCUCAGGAAGACAAUCUCAAUAACACAGACUUCCAAAGGCCAAGCAUUCCAAGUGAAAACAUGCAACAUGCCUAUUGGGAACUCAAGAGAGAAAUGUCUAAUUUACAUCUUGUGACUCAAGUGCAAGCCGAACUACUAAGAAAAAUUAAAACUUCAUCUAUAAUCAAGAAAGGCUCAAGGGAAGUAUUCCCAUCCACUGAACAUGCCGCUAGGAGCGGAAGCAGAGCCUGUGCUCCAGUCCAGUGUGCCGAAGACCUAGUGAAGGACUGUGCAAAAUUACAUUUGACGUCCUUAACUGCGACCUACAAAAGACACACACCUCUUUCACCGAAUGGUAAAGCCCUCUGUAGUGUCGUGGACUCUCCUCUACCCGCAGAUACAAAAAUGUUAUUGGAGAGAGCAAGUCUCCAGUCGUGGGCAGAUAAUGAGAGAGUCCUCCCCAGCAGUGGUACAGACUUUCAAGAACAGAAUUCCUAUGGCAGAAAUUCUCUAGAAGACAAUUCAUGGGUAUUCCCGAGCCCCCCAAAGUCUAGUGAGGCAGCAUUUGGGGAAAAUAAAAGGAAAACCUCUUCUCCCAACCUGAAUCACCUGGAUCAGCAUAACCCAAACUGCCUUUACAAGAACUAAUUCAGAGACUUGUGGUCACCUUGGGAAUAGCUUGUGGCUUAGUGUGCUGUGACUGUCAUCGAUUUCAAGUACACUUGGAUUUGCACGUACUGUCCUCCAGUCGUGUAGUUAGGUUUGUUUCUUUCAGUAUAGACUAAAACAACUGUGCUAACCAACUCUAUUUUAGCUAAGUAUAGACACAUGCACUACUUAAUAAAUUAUAGGAAUUCUCUUAGUGUUUUUAAAAGAAAACUCUACCUUUGAUAACAAUUGCUAUAGAUUUAGGCAUCUCAGGUAAAGAAAAAUGAUAGGAACUAGUUUUUGAAGUUGAGUUAAAAAAUACAGACACAGCUUUUUUAAGGUGUCUAAAUCAAAUAUAUUCACUCACAAGAAUAAUAGAAAGGUUGAUGGAGUUUUGGUUCAAAUCAUGUAAAUUAUAAAAAAACAAAAUAAAUCCUGCCUAGGGGUGCAAGCAGCUAGUGAAAUGCAUUUCAAUUCCCAUUGCUCUUUUUAUGAACACUAUAGAUUGUGAAAAUAUUCGUAUGGAAUAAUUGUUCUAUGGAUAGUCUAUUUCUGUAUACCAUUUUAAUUCAAAUUUUCAGAAUUAAAAUUGCUUUCUAGGCUCAGUGGUGCUUGUUACCAAAGUACUAGAAUGGUCACCAUUACUUUUAUGUGAUUUUAAUUCUGUUUACAACCCAGACCACGAAAUCAUUGGAACUGGUCGAGUUCAGUAGCUCCCUGGAGCAUUCAAUUUAAAAGUGAGAUUUUUUUUUUUAAGUUAACAAAAUGACAAAAUAAUUUAAAAAAUUAUUUGUGGGAAAACUACAUAUUACUAAUUGGGUGAUAGAUGACCCAGGUAGAAAAUGUUUUACCAUUUUAGUCAUAUCAGUAGGAUAAGAGAUACAUGAGUAUUCAGAUGUGUAACUGGCAAAAGGAAUCCCACAGUUACCACACUAGCUGCCUUUUCUUCAAUAAAGUCUUUUAAUUUUAAAAUGGCAAUACAUCAACCUCAUGGAGAAAUUUUCAAAUUUAGUGAGGAGUCAUUCAUUGCUGAAGGAACUUUUGUGGGGUUUGCCAGUUCUGCAAGUGUAAACUGAACUGAACAGUUUACAAGUAUGGAAGAAACAGCUGGCCUUCCCGGGAGCUUUCUGGUAACGACUGCAUCUGUUACUUGUAACUGAUGCCAUCCAGACAUUUCCUGGCGUAGAAACCUUUUUUUGCCUUAGAGUGUUCCAUGUAGAAUGCUCCCCCCCCCCCUUUUCAGUAUUAGACAGUUUGGUGUUAUUUAAACUCAAAAGAAUUCCUCAAACCUCCUGCUGUAUUACUGAACAGCAUACAUAAACAAGACCAGAUAUUGUUUGUAUCUUUCUAUUAUCUUACUCACGUAUACUGGCUUGUCUGUGAUUAAUGGAAAUGGUGUCAGAUGCUGGAAUUUAUUCUGACCAAUGAACACAGCUGACUCAAGGGAGUACAAUCUCUUGCAAAGUAAUAGAACAAACCCAAUAUGCAUAAAACAAAUACAAGUCACUAGGCUUUAGCUGAUAGAACCAACUACCUGUGUAAUAACAAAGUGGCAGAAACUAUUUCUCAUGUGGCUGCAUAGACUGUAUAUUAUGUCUGAUCUCUAAUGUAACUUUACUGGUGUUGCUUUUCCUUAACCAAAAUUGAGUUGUUGGGGUUUUUUUGUUUUUCUUUUUAAAAGUAGUAAAUUGGGAGAGACACUGGCUUGGAUAACCUUCUGAACUAUACAAAGAUGAAAUCAUAUUGUUUGAUUUAAAUAAAUUAUUUUUAUUUGAAUACGA